UAGCAUAUGUAAUAUGCAUGAUGAAAAAUACUCGGUACUAUCAAUAUUUACAGGAAUUUAAAAUCCGUUAUAUAAACGAACGGUAGAUUAAAGGAUAUGUAUAAAAGCGAAAGUACAAAGUAAAGAAACAAACAAAAGGAACUCUUAUUUCUCAAGCAAAAUCUGUCUCCACAGGAUAUCCUUAAUGUGCAUAGCGUUGUUUGGAGUAUCGUUUCCCUUUUCGUCCCUUUCUGUUAAUCGUAUCCCCCUCCGAAAUAAGCCGAUCCCUCUUUUUUCUCUUCGUAUCCCGUCUUUAUCGUCAUCCUCCUGAUCGUUGCGAGAGGGUCGGAGUUCAUUGUGCCACAAGUGCAUUCCAAGUGUCGACCACGCCAAUUGUUCGUUAUGUUUCUGCUAGCAGUUCUGAAUCAACUCGCGAAUCCAACGUACGAACUUCGUCUGACAAGCCCAAAAUAUUUGUGAUUUCUCUUCUUUCCUUUAAAAUGGAUUCGAUAGUUUCAUUAGAGGUCAAGUACCAAUAAUGAUAAGUUUCAAUUAGUGGCUCAAGCAAUUAUAAAAAAUUUCAUAAAGAAUAGUGAUUCUUGUUUGGAUUAUAUCAUUAAUAUAUUUGCAUACAUCAAUGAACAUUCAAAAAUCCCCACCAGAACACAUUUGACGCAUCAAAAAAAGAGUGGGAGUAAGAGUAGAAGAAACGGCAGAAAGUUGAAUUAUACUCUCGUAGACAUGAAACAUGCAAACGUGAAUUCGAUUUGGUUUUUUAAUGCGCGCGAUUCUGUAUAUGGAAUAUCAUACAAAAGAUCAAGAAGCAAUUCUCACGAAAUAUACAGCUAUCGUAUAUACGUUCGGUGACUCUAAAUGUCACCGAGAUAUUUUUUUUUCUUCUCUCAGCCGACACAACUUUGUCGCUUGAUACAACGAUCUCUAAAGCGCACCAAAACACUUUAAUUAUUAUCUCACAUAAUUAAACAUGUUUUGAACGUAUUUGUUCAUUUACAACGAAUCCAUUCGUUGAACCAAAAAGAACGACGUAAAAACGAUACAGCCUUUAUUGAACAAGAUCAUAACAUUAAAAAGGUUAAGGACGGAUCGUUAUGUAAAAUAAAAUUAAUUUCGAAAGUGUCAAAACACUUCAGGUGAAAAUGCACCUGACACGACGCAGGGAAAUAUCAAAGAGUAUGUGUGUAAUUAAUACAUGUAAUGUAUGAAAAAUACUUGAUAAUAUCAGUUAACAGUAAUAGUAUCGGACAGAAAAGGUGCGGUGGAAUGUAACGCUCAUUUUCUUCUUCAAGCGUUGAUAAGAAAACGAUUAAGAUGUCCCCUUCGUAAGUGUCGUGCCUACUCGAAUUAUCCAUCAAGUCCGUACUUCCCGUCGGAAUACACCCUUUGAAAAUGAUCCCUCAAACGGACGCGCCUCGUAUUUAUGUCGUACCUCAGUGUUUCCGGUGCCAUGACCACGAUCGGUUUAAAAAAUUAAAUAGCGUCCCCGUUUCAAUUCCCACGAUAAUCUUCAUUUGUCUAUCUGGAUAAUCUUCAUUCGGGAAAACUAAUCAACUUUAUUUGAAAAGAAUAAUUAAGAAAGAAAUUAUGAAUUUUAAGUAGUAUUGCCGUAUCUGGAAAUGAACGUCUUUGGAAAGUGGUUGUUUCUUCUCUGGACGAUAAAAGCGUCAUAUGCGUUGUCGACUGACCACAUCUGUACCAGAACUGAAAAUUACACGGUCACUUCGAUGGAAACAUACGUACAACCAGUAGUCGUAAACACAUUUACGUGGUGCCUACAAGUACCACCGAGAUGUCCUAGAACGCGAACAGAAAUGAGACAACGAUAUCGAAUAAAGUCGGAAAUCAAGACCAGGAAGGUGAAGGAGUGCUGCGAGGGUUACAAACUAGAAAUUCGUGACAAGAAGGACGGUGACGCGAGCUGUGUGCCUUUUUGCGAGAACUGCCUCGCGGGUAUUUGCAUUUCACCGAACAAAUGUCAAUGCGAUCCAGGAUAUCAAGGAACGGAUUGUUCGAAAGACUAUUUUCUAGAAUGCCCUCCAGGAUUAUGGGGCGUGCAGUGCAUGGAGAAAUGCGAAUGCGCCGAAGAUGUUAUUUGCGAUUUCAGAAAUGGUACUUGUUGCCCAUCAGGUUUCUGGGGACCAAGAUGUGAACAAAAUUGUCCACCACAACGCUGGGGUCGAGGAUGUAAAAACUUCUGCAACUGUAAGGGACAUAUUAACCAUUGCCAUCCUGAAACCGGACACUGUACUUUCUCAGUUACCGACAUACAUUCUACAUCUAAAACCACAAAUGCAGUUCAAUUAUUCAGUACGAAAAUCAUAGAAUUCAAAAAAAGAACGACGGGCCUUUCUUGGACGACCGACCAUAUCGUGGAAGAAGGAUGGGAUAAUUAUGUUACACCAUCGAGCACGGAUAGUAGUUUCGAAAACACGAACAGCGAACCAAUCUCUCAAACGGAUUCAAAUGUUAAAAUUAAAACGCAUAAUCAAGAAAAUGAUAUCACGAGCACCAGCACGAUUCGACCGUUGAUCGUCCUUGUCUCUGUUCCGGAACGACAAAAAACUAUCUUGACAAAAGAUCGAAGUAAGUUCGCAUUAAAGGAUACCUUUUUGAGACAUUUGGAGGAAAAGGGAGAACUUCGUGAUGACCUACCACUGAAAACUGAUUAUGUCAAAACUAUUCAUAAAGAAAAUGUUACACCAGCGGCAUCAAUCCGAUUGGAUGUCGCGUUGAUUAUUAUCGCAUCGAUCGUAUUUCUUAGUCUAAUGUCAAUCGCAAUUAUGACGAUCAUACACACAAGGACAAAACUUUUUGAGACAGUACGACUUUCUAUCUACAACGACGAAAAGGAGAAAAAUAGUGAGCAUGAAAGCGAGAAGCAACGACCACCCAGAAGAAUUUCAACGAUCAUUGAUAGUGCUCUACCUCAUACCUGUACGUACGAAUCCAGACUUCUUUUCAAAUUCUGAACAAGUCGGUACAAUCUUACCAGCUAGUAUAAACAUCGAACCCGUAAAUAGUUACGCUAAUGGUACCGCAACGAUCGGCCUUCGAAUAUCCGGUCAUCUUCGUGAGCUGCUGCAAGAAGAUCAUUAUGACAGGCCACCGACGACCUUGCUACGCCUACACACGGAUUUCGAGUCGAACGGCGAACACCUCUAUGACGAGAUUCCUUUGCAAUCGACUGGCUUCUGCGAGCGUAAAA